AAAUCUAAAAUCUCUUCGAAGUAUCAACGUUUUUAUGAGCUAGCAGAUCGAAAACUCAUUAAAAAACUUUCUGUUUGAACGUCUGUGCUUGAUCGUACCUGCUUCGAAGGAAUGACGUCAUCUUUCUCGCUCCGUGCAAAAAUCGCUUAGCGUGCGAGAUCGUGAAAAUGUAGUGAAUAAAAUCAAAAUUUAUGGCAAUUUCUAAGGAAAUAUAAAUUAUGUUUUUCGUGGGUACCCAUUGAAAAUGGUUAAAAACUACGGUUUGGUUUUGGGUUUGCUGUGGGCGGUCUACAGUGUUUGUACUGGAGCUCCGUUAGAAAUAACCGAGACCUACCAGGAGUUUCAGUCGAAAAACUCGGCUCCCGUCAGUGGUCAGAAAUCAAGAAAAACAGAAAUACCCACAAGUAACUAUGAACCUCAACCAGGCGUAUCAGCGUACAGACCUUCGCUAAGAAACACGAAAGAAAUCAGACAUGCCUGAAAAAGGACAGAUAAAAUUCAUGAAAACUUUGCUUGGGAAAGUCAAGACGCUUCUCCACAGCGAUGCCGACGACGACGGUGAUAGCCAUAAAUCGAAAGAGAAGGACGUCGCCACUCAUAAAAUACCCGAAAAAAUUAGCGCAGUGGCCACGGACGCCGGAACCAAUAAAAUGUACGGGGUCCUGGGUAACAGCAAAGGGCACAAAACCGACAAAUCGGUGAAUGUUAUCUCGAUACCAUUGGAGGCUUUGAAGAAAGUUGUCCCGACAGAGAGUUAUCUAUCUCGGGGAAAGGACCCCGAAGAUUUGGCACACUUGCCUAAAAGCACGCAAGUUGUUCUAAAGCCUAUCUCAGUAAGACUGGCAAAUAACGAAGGAAACAAAGGAAUGACCUCGCUGGUACCUGUAGUGUUACAAAAUCAGGCUCCAAGGGUUGUUCCGUUUCGAUCCGACAGCUUUUUCCCAGACGGUGGCAAUAGCGAGCCAUACGGUGACUCGAGGCUUCCGUUUAUUAUAGACCGACACGGGGAUAUAUUGAAACAUAACAAGGCGGAUGAAAGAUUAUUUGACGAUAACAAAGGUGACGAAGGGUUGUAUCGGGAUAUUGGUCAUAUUCCCGGGGAUAUAAGAUUCCAUCACACCCCAUCGGACGACCAGGACGAGGAAAGCAGAAGACCAAGUUUGAGACACAAAAAUCCGGGCAGAUAUCAUCACGAUAGGGCCGAUGAUGAUGAUGAUGAUGACGAUGAUGAUGAGGACGGUGAUGAAGACGAUGAUGAUGACUAUGAUGACGACGACGAUGAUGACGACGAAGAUGAUGGCUAUAACGAUAAUUUUGAUAAACAAGCCCGUUUCAAAGAUUCACCCCGAAUGCGUGAAGAAGAACGGCAGCUGGCUCUGACUAGAAAGCGUCUUUACGACAUGCUGCCUGGAAACGAUCCUACGUACACAUCGGAAAAUCGGGGCCUGGGGCUACCGAUGCGACCAGGAAUGAUGGGGAUGCCCGAAGCAUUUCUGGGCAACCCUAUGAUCCAACCAGGCGUUGGAAUAAAUGCGCAAAGAACCUUGAUGCCUUUCUUGGGCGAAGCAAUGGCCGGGGAGCAUGCGGACAAUUCGAACGACAGGAGUGUCUUCAUGCUCGGAGGGCAUGGAACGAGACAGGUCUUUGGGGACUCCAGUUCAGAUGAGUCGAACACACCAAGGUCUGCGUCAAUGAGUGUUAAUUCGGCAGGCUUUACACUGGGUGGGUCGCACGCACAGGCGAUGUCACCGAAUGAGGUGAGUUACAUGAUACAGAAGCAACCAGGCUUUGGACAGUUGUCUGAGAAAGAUAAGAUCGCCCGUCCUAGCGGAGUUCUUUUGAAGGUCAACGGUCACCCAAUCGGGGACUCCAGGGAACUGAGGGAUCACGUGGAGAACGGAGUGUUGUUGAAGGGUAAGGAGAAAUUGAUUAAGUCCAAAGGUCCCAUGGAUGUCAAAGUUUCCAAGGCAACCGAUGGCGUGCACUCGAAAGUUGUUGAUAUCACUAGCGCUGAUAGGGUGAAAGUUUUAGAAGCGAAGAGUAAAAUAGCGAAGACGCAUUGAUGAUGAAGAGAAGAUAGCUGGAAACAGCUUGCACGUGCAGCAACUCGUCUGUGCAUGAACCACUUUCUUAUUAAAACCACAAACAGAUCAUGGGUAAUUUGAGUAAUGAUCCAGUUAAAAAAGAAGUCCUGGGUUGGUGAAUGGUGGUCAAAUUUUUCAACGUUUGCACAUACCUUGUACACAGACUGAUAUUUUUCCGACCCUAGUACGGGACCACAUGUGAAGUUUAGUCGAUCACGUUACUCCUUCAAAUAUUCUGGUGUAAAUAGGACAUCGAUUUUGUAAUAAAGAAGAAUUUUAGACCAAAUAUCUGAUGGAAGAUGUUUACUACUA